AUGGAACGAUUCUUUAAAAGAAAAUUGUCUACGGAUAGUCCUUCUCCGUCUAAUCUGGGUAGUUCAAAUGCAAGACCAAUUGAAGUAGAUGAGAUCUUAGCUAAUCUUCAAAUGCAAGACCAAGCUAGAGAAGUUGCUUACAAUUUGAUGCAUCAAACUACACACAUUGAAACAAUUGUCAUCAAGCAAACAAGCCAAGCUCGUACGGCUUAUCGCACUUGCUUGAAUGCAUCACUUAAGUGCACUAGGUAUUUGUUGCGACAAUGUCUUUCUUUUCAUGGUCAUGAUGAAAGUGCACAAUCAAGUAAUAGAGGGAAUUAUUUAGAGCUCUUGCAAUUUCUUGCAGAUCAUGAUGAAAAAGUUAAGGCCGUUGUGUUGGAAAAUGCUCCAGGAAAUUUGAAGUUAAUAGCUCCUUCAAUUCAAAAAGAUCUUGUCAAUUCUUGUGCUAAAGAAACCAUUGGUCUUAUCUUGAGUGAUGUAAAAGAUAGAUAUUUUUCAAUAAUGGUGGAUGAAGCACGGGAUGUUUCAAUAAAGGAGCAAAUGGCGAUGGUGCUUCGUUAUGUGAAUGACAAAGGAAAAAUAAUUGAAAGGUUUGUGGGGGUUCAACAUGUGACCGACACUACUUCAAGUGCACUAAAGGAAGCCAUUGAUGAAUUCUUUUCUUCCGCGAAUUUGAGCUUUUCCAAGUUACGAGGACAAGGUUAUGAUGGAGCUAGUAAUAUGAGAGGUGAGUUCAAUGGUCUUAAGACAAAGAUUUUGAGAGAACAACCUUGUGCAUUUUAUGUUCAUUGUUUUGCUCAUCAACUUCAACUAGCUCUUGUUGCGGUAGCAAAGAAAAACAUUGAUGUCAACUCUUUUUUAACAACGGCUAAUAGUUUGGUUAAUGUUGUUGGAGCAUCUUGUAAGCGUCGGGAUGCACUUAGAGCACAAUACCAAGAAGAGCUUGUGAGAGCUUUUGAAGAAGAUUGUCUGAUAACGGAGCGGGGCUUAAAUCAAGAAACUACUCUCAAACGUGCCGGCAAUACACGAUGGAACUCACAUUAUGGUACGUUGAUUAGUAUCAUUUCUAUGUUCCCAUCUGUGGUGAAUGUGCUUCAAAUGAUUGUUGAUGAUAAUCCUAAUGAUAGUUCGGCUAUAUUGGGAAUAACAAACACUUUGUCUCUAGCAUUGCAAAAGAAAAAUCAAGACAUUGUGAGUGCAAUGAGUUUAGUGACAACAUGCAAGGAAAACCUGCAGUUCAUGAGGGAUAAUGAGUUUGAAGAAUUGGUUGAGCAAGCAUCUUUGUUUUGUUACAAACAUGAUAUUAUAGCUCCUACCAUGGAUGAGGAAUAUGUAAUUCCAGGGAGGUCACGGCGUAAUGCUCCAAUGAAGACAAAUUAUCAUCAUUAUUGUGUGGAGAUCUUUAUUCAUGUAAUUGAUGGACAACUUGCGGAACUAAAUGAUCGCUUCAACGAGCUUUUGACAAACGAAAGCUAG